GAAUAGAUUGCAAUUGUUCUGUCCAAGUGUGAACCGAAACUUGGUCAACUUCAAAUAAUAUUACCCUACAAGAUGUCCGCCGGCGAAGUGGACGAGCUCUUCGACAUCAAAAACGCCUUCUUCACCGGCAACUUCCAACAAUGCAUCACUGAGGCUCAAAAGAUCAAGCCCUCAGAUCCGGACGCUACUGUGGAAAAAGAUGUGUUUCUAUACCGAGCCUAUUUGGCUCAAAAGAAAUUUGGCGUGGUUCGCGAUGAAAUUGGACCCCAAUCCAACGCCUUGAUUCAGCCACUCAAGAAACUGGCCGUUUAUCUACAGAAUGCCAAUCAAAGAGAGGAGUUGGUUCAAGAGAUGGAGACGGAGAUGUCUGGAACUGUGGAUUUGAACAAUCACGUUCUCUUACUCGUGGCGGCCUCCAUCUUCUAUCAAGAGGAGAAUUAUGAGGCUGCUCUUCGGGUCCUCCAUCCAUCGGAUCAUCUGGAAUGUAUGGCCUUGAAGCUCCAAACCUUGUUGAAGAUGGAUCGGAUCGAUUUGGCAAGGAAAGAGUUGAAGGUCAUGCAAGAUAAGGACGAUGAUGCUACGCUGACUCAAUUGGCACAAGCUUGGGUCAAUCUCCAAAUGGGCGGGGAUAAGAUCCAGGAUGCUUACUACAUUUAUCAAGAAAUGAUUGAUAAAUUUGGAUCCACGCCAUUGCUGCUGAAUGGACAGGCUAGUUCUUUUAUUCAGCAAGGCAAGUUUCAAGAGGCGGAAGGUGCUCUACAAGAGGCCUUGGAAAAGGAUCCCAACAAUGCCGAGACUCUGAUCAACAUGAUUGUGUUGUCUCAACAAACUGGCAAGGCGCCUGAGGUGAGCAAUCGAUAUCUGACCCUGCUGAAGGACGAUGAUCCAAAGCAUCCUUUUUUGAAGACCUAUUCCCAAAAGGAGAGUGAUUUUGAUCGCAUGAUUGCUCAGUAUGCGGUGACGGCGUGAUUUGAUAAGAUUUUUAUUUAUUUUGAAAUACAUUGUUUUACAAAACGUU